UUUGUUUGAAGUAAAAUAAUAAAAGGGUGAAUUCGAGUAACUCGCUGCCACAACGAGGCAGAAGAGCUUGGAGCAAAAAACUGCUAUCCCGCUCACCGGGCAAAAGUGACCCCCGUGCCUUUAGUUGCGCUAGUUUAUCGGACCUAGUUUACCCUAAUCUAUCCGUCUACGAGUGACUCUGUCUAAAUAAUCCUAGUCAGAAGUCAGGCCGUGUCAACAAUGGCGGUUUUUCACGACCUCGUUUGGCGCUAGGUUAGAGUGGUCUCUAAGAAAUUAUGAACGGAAAAUCAGUGAGAUGGGCGUUCAACUUCAUGGCCUGGAAACCGACUCAGGAAGAGUGGCUUUUCGCUACCCGCUGCGUUCAGUCGGAAGAGAAGUGCCGAAUCGACAAGUUCGUCUACUCCAAAGACGCCAAAUCGUCCAUGAUCGGGCGCCUUCUGCUGCGAAAGUGCAUCUCGGAAUGCCUGGAAAUUCCGUACGAAGCGCUGAGAUUGGGCAGGACUGAAAACAACCGUCCCGUAGUCGAGGAUCCUGACAUCCAGGAGCAUAUGCCGUUCGACUUCAAUGUUUCACAUCAGGGAGACUUUAGUGUGCUGGCCGCGGACCACUACUCCAAGGUGGGCGUCGAUGUCAUGAAGAUCGAAUAUUCGGGUGGAAAGACAGUCGGCGAAUUCUUCUCUCUCAUGCGGCGUCAGUUCACUCCAGGUGAAUGGAGGUUCAUUGAAGGUCCAGGCACGGAACGUGACCUCCUGCGUCGAUUCUACAGACUUUGGUCGCUGAAGGAGAGCUUUGUCAAGGCGGAAGGGGUCGGCCUCGGCAUUGACCUCCAGCGGCUCAACUUUGUCUGCGAGACACCAGAGGUCAGUGUAGGCUCCCUCACCAAGGACACCAAGUUGUACUUCGACGGGCGGUUGCUGACCGACUGGAUGUUUCAGGAGACGCUCCUUGACGAGAAACAUUGCGCCUGCACUGCCCUUCGCAUUGAAGACUCUCCUCCUCCUGAAGACGUCCUCUUCGAGAACGUCACUUUUCAAGAACUGGUUCAGGGGGCUCGCCCAAUCCGUUCUUUAAACGCCUGUGACUGGACACUUUUUGCCGCCAAAGCAGAGUCUCCACUGGGAUGCUAUGAAACUCGAUGAUGUGCAAUAACUGCUGAAAUGUAUUUUUUUUUCUUUCGUGUAAAUAAAACAAGUUAUUUUUUCUGAC